AUGGAGCUGAAAGGAGUUUCAUGCCGGACCACCACGACUGACGUGCCAUCGCUCUGGAUGUUGAUCCGCAGCCACUUCUCGAUUACCUGUCCGCCAUUUAGUUGUCGCAGGCUCCAGUCAAUUCAACGUUCAUCGGUGUCGGGCGCGUUCUCGCCGGCAAGUCUGUUAAAGCUGAAGACGGAGACCUUCGUCGUGGAUGAGGACGACGGCGAAGCUGGUGCCGCUGCUGCGAAUGGUCCAUCAGAAGCCCGAUGGCGGUCGAGGAUGUUGCUGGCAGAGUUUGACUUCUCUAGUGGUCGAAGACAAGGCUUUGAUUUCGUGUGGCUGCAAACGACGUCGAUUGGUAGGUGCCGACGAGAAAGGAGAAGAAGCUGGUAG